CACCCGCAUCCCAAGGACUAGGAUGCGAUCCUCAGCAUCGCGAGGACCAAGGGCAUCGGCAUCCCCUGGUGCUGCAGGGACCGGCAUCGCGGGGUACAGCGGGCACCGGCAUCCCCGGGCAGGCGAGGACCGUGAGAUCGGCAACACAGGGAGCAGCAGGGACCUGGGGACGGGCAUCCCGGGAACGCCGAGUACCAGCAUCCCCGGGCAUUGCAGGGAUCAGCACCCUGGGGCUGGUACCCGAGGCACCGGCAUCCUUUCGUGAGAGGGCAACCGGAGCAGCAGCAUGUGGGUGUGAGCGGGGAUGGGGGCAGCGGCACACCGGGAUGAGCGAGAACCGAGGCACCGGCACCCUCGGAUGAGCAGGGAGCUGCCGAUCCCGGGGUGCUGUUGGGACCCGGGGCACGGGGAUGCUCCACCUGGCCCUUCUGCAGGCAGGUGUAGGAAAGUCCCUUUCCUCGAAGCCUUACCCCACGGACAUUGCAUGACUGCAUCCCUAGGGAGCAGGACAGGACUUGGGAGUCUCUUCCGGAGAGCUUUGCACUCAUUGCCUGUGGAACUGGCUCCUGCUCUGCUGAUCAUGGUCAACAAGACCUUGAAUUACUGGGGUCCUGGAUUUGAGGAGGAUGUUAUCAACAUCAAUGUGGGGGGUCUGAGAAGACGGCUCAGCUCCAGCGCCCUCUCCAAGUUCCCUGACACCCGCCUGGGACGCCUGCUCUCCUGUGACUCAGAGGAGUCCAUCCUACAGCUCUGUGAUGACUACGAUGUGAGUGCCAGGGAGUUCUACUUUGACCGAAACCCUGGUUUCUUCCUCUAUGUGCUCCACUUCUACCAGACGGGGAAGCUGCAUGUCAUGGAGGAGCUAUGCGUCUUCUCCUUCUGUCAGGAGAUCGAGUACUGGGGCAUCAAUGAAUUCUUUCUGGACUCCUGCUGCAGCUACCGCUACCAUGAGCGCAAGCUGGAGAGCCGGCACCACAACUGGGAUGAGGAGAGUGAGGUCAGUAGUGUGGACACAACCCCUGAUGAGAUCUCUGACAUCAACCAUGACCUGCUGCGCUACAGCACGUUGCGCUGUGGCAAUGUGCGCAAACGUCUCUGGCUCACCAUGGAGAACCCCGGCUACUCCAUCCCCAGCAAACUCUUCAGCUUCGUGUCCAUCAGUGUGGUGCUAGUUUCCAUAGCCACCAUGUGCAUCCACAGCAUGCCUGAGUACCAGGAAGUGGAUGAAAAUGGCAACGUUCUUGAUGAACCUAUCCUGCACAAGCUAGAGUAUUUCUGCAUCUCCUGGUUCACUUUUGAAGUGUCUUCCCGCCUCCUGCUCUCUCCCAACCCCAGGAAGUUCUUCAAGCACCCGCUGAACCUGAUUGACAUUGUGUCAGUGCUGCCCUUCUACUUCACCCUCUUGGUGGAUGUGACCAUGGGCAGCGACUCAGAGUUGGGAAACCUGGGCAAGGUCGUGCAGGUGUUUCGGCUCAUGAGGAUAUUCCGGGUGCUGAAGCUAGCUCGGCAUUCCACUGGACUGAGGUCACUGGGGGCCACCUUGAAGCACAGCUACCGGGAGGUGGGGAUCCUGCUGCUCUACCUGGCUGUGGGCGUUUCUGUCUUCUCUGGAGUGGCUUACACUGCCGAGAAGGAGGAAGACGUUGGCUUUGACACCAUCCCAGCAUGUUGGUGGUGGGGCACCGUCAGCAUGACCACUGUGGGCUAUGGCGAUGUGGUGCCCGUCACUGUGGCGGGUAAGCUGGCUGCCUCAGGUUGCAUCCUAGGGGGCAUCCUGGUAGUGGCACUGCCCAUCACCAUCAUCUUCAACAAGUUCUCCCACUUCUACCGCAAGCAGAAGGCACUGGAGGCAGCCGUGAGGGACAGUGGGAAGAAAGACCCUGAGGAUGUGGAGAGCACCUCCAGUUGUGACCAAGACUCAGAGGUCCUGAGCAAGACCUCUCUGGGCGGAGGCAGUCCUGCCUGCCAUGGUUUGACCCCUGGCUCUCACCCCACACCCUGACCCCACUGCGCUGCGGCACUGGGGCGCACACAGGACCUGCUUGCCCACUGCGAGCACGGCACAGCUGUUGCACUGGGACACAGAGGAGAAACCAGGCUCUCCCUGUCUCACACCACUCCUAGUGUCACCCCUGCCCUAUGAAGGACGGGAGGGGCUGGAGGAGACGCUCAGUAGGUGCCGUCCACUUCCAGCCCCCAGAACACAGCAGGCAGGUCUGCCUGGACAUGUCUCAGCGUUCACCCAGCGACAGCCCCGCUCCCUGUGCGUGCAGGCAGGGGCUGCAGCGCUGGCCAUAGCCCUGCCAGAAAGGGAGUGAGAAAAAAAGAAAUAUAGGUAACCUCUGAUCAACCACUGCUGCAGCUGCAUGAGAGAGGAUUUUCCCCUGCCCUGAGGUUUUGUGUUGUCCAGGGUGAGGUUAAAUAGCUUGCAGGUGAGGCAUCACCCAACCAGGCUGGCUGCCUUUGCAGGUCCUGUGCCAAGUCAGCAUCAAGUGCAGCGCCAACUGAGAACAGCCUUGAAAGGCUUGGCUGCCCUACUGGCCAUGGGGGAAAGUGGGGUGGAAAUGAAUCUGUGUGGGAGAAGAUGUAGUGUCCUGCUCAAGGUGGGCCCCACUGUCCCCAGCUGCUGCAGUGGGACUGACUGGCCCUCGCUUUCCUUCCAUUGCAGGUGGGGUUUAACCAUGCUCCUGUGCUGUCACCACUGGGAUUCCCAGGCAUCUGGGUCUGGGGUUUGUGCUGUGAGUGUGGCACAGCCAGAAGCCCAGUCUGUGCAGGGGAACACCAGCCAGGGAUGGCCAGGCAAAAGGGACACUGUCUUCUGAGGCAGGAGCAUCUGGAGGGGAUCAGGGGGGCUCCCGAUGGGGCUCUUCCCCAAGCUCUUUGUUCCAUGGGACAUUUGUUUCAGAGGAGCUGCUGCUCCUUGUGGCUGCAGAGAGGAAGCAGAGUCCCUGCAAAGGGCUGUCAGACAUGGGGGGGAUGCUCCUGGGCAUGGAGAAGCUGCCUCUGCGAUUGCCAUGUGCUCGUGAUUUCCACUGCGUGAAGAGUUGCCAAGGGCCCCAGGGUCUGAAGCAGCCCAGGAUGGGACAGAAGAUAUGACCAAAGCCAGCCAGCUCAGCAUGUGCCCUGGCGCCCCACACCACAACCUUCCCAUUCUGUUGCCUUGUCCCUCCCUGCCUUCGGGCCAGGCAGAGGCAGGAGGGGAUCAAACUGCCCCAGGCAUCCCAUCCAUCCCCACAGGGCAGGUGUCAAUGCACUCACCUUCCCUCUGCAGGGACAGAGGGGACCUCACACUGCUCCUCAUCACGGCAGCCUCUGAGCACCUCACAGCCAGGCAGGGAGGUCCACCCCUAGCACCUGGAUCCCCAACUAGCUGAGCACGUUCAGGGCUGGUCUCCACACAGCACUGAUUCCCACAGUGUUUUUCCUUGCCCCCCAGUUCUCUGUUUGGAAAUUGUGCAGCUCCUUUGUUCACAGAGGAAUACACCCAGCAAUGCCUGUUCUGAGCAGGGGAAAUAUGCACCCUGCAAUCAUCUCAUCAGCUCUAAAAUAUGUUGAUGGCUGCAGGAUGGCCCUAGGUAUAUGCAUUAUGGUGUUUGCCGCAGGUUAUUCUUGCUGGCUUUUGGCACAGCCACAGUUGCCGGUGCUGGCUCUGACUAGUGAUCUGCUGAUCAUAGGGAACAAAAGAUGUGGUAGUGCUGGUUCAGCCUUUCUGAACCCCAGUGGGACAUGGUGGGGGGGGGGGGGCGGUGUCCCAAAGGAACAGUGAUGUAGGAUGGGAGAGUGCUCAUGCUCCUGGCAUCAUCAAGUCUUCCAGUAUUGAUGGUUUGUGGUCUGCUCUGUGCUCCUUCUUACUGCGAGCAAGGACCAGUGAGCUCCAUCAUGUGCUCCAACCAGCUCCCGCUGCACUGUUACUUGAAUAAAGGAAGGAGUUUCCCCUUCUGUCCAUAAAUAUUCCAGUAGCAAAACGUAUUAAAAUGUGAAGACUAAAUUACAUGUAUUAAUUUAAAAGAAUUAUGCAAAUAAUUAAAAGAGCAUGUAAAUUAAUUUUCUAUCUAUGCAUGGGAUGCAUACUGAAUAUUUUAUUAAAGACCUAAGUGACCCGCUUUGGAGGCUGGUUUUCUGUUCUGCGGUAGCUCGGUGUGCCUGGUCCAGCAGAACGGCUGAACUGGGAAUGGGUCAGUGGGUUGGUGCAGUAGCCCUGGGGAGCAGGAGCAGCCAGGCUGAUCCCGGAGCAACUGCAGAGCCCCAUCAGGCAGCUCCAGCACUGCCUCAGAGCUCCAGGGAGCUCCCAUACACAGCCCACGUCAUCCCUACCCCAUGGUGGGUGGCAGCUCAUCCUCGUGCCUGGACUACAGGUGUUAUCCUAGCUGGAGCAUCUUGGAUAACCCAUCUCCCUGGAGGCCAAAUAAAUGCGUGUGAGGGAAUGGGUUGGAGCCAGUGGGCUCUGGGAAGAGCUGCACAGGGAGCUGGGUGUUGUGGCUGGGAGGGAGGGAAGCAUAGAUUAGCUUUCAGAAGGAGAUGAGAGGAUUGCGAUUAACAUUAAAAAUCCAGGAUAAUUCACAAAACAAAGAGCUUGCGCCAUCCAAGCAUGGUUUGUUCCUCCAUCCCAUUUGUUAAACACCCAGAAAAUCUGGGAAGCAAGCAGAGAGGAGCAAAAAUUUGCAGAAAUGCACACACUGGGAUUGGCAGCACCAAGAGGCACAAGGGCUGAAAAACCAGCCUGAGCAAACCAGGCUCCUUGGCUGGGAGCCAAGGAGCAGCAGCCGGCUGUUCUUUCCCCUGUUUAAGAAACUAAAUUAAUCCCAGGCUUGUGGGUCAUGUUUUGGACCGAAUACAGAAAAUAUAGUUCCAGUAGAGGGUGUUUGUUGCUUAACUUGGUUAAACACAGGUGCACUGUGCCAGCAGCAGGCAGGAGAAGGUGUGUGCACAUUACCUGCUGGCUUCCCAGUGUUCGGCCGGGCUGUGGCUGUUAGCAAGGGCAGGGAUCAGUGCCUGGGAUGCAGAGGGCAUACUGCCCAUUGCAGCUCUGGAGACCCAAGAGAAGCCUGUCAAUCACACAGACAGUUGUGUUCAUCUCCUCUUCAUCCCUCAUUAGCCCCAAGUAUUAAAGAUGGGGGGGCGGGGAGAGGGGUGUGAAGCCCAUCCAGCUGCUUGAAGACCACAGCUCUAUCUAAAUCCAUCUCCUGGCAUGGAGAAUGGUCCCUUGGCUUUAGAGGCCCUAAUUACAUCCAGCCUCCACCGCUUUCCCUGCUACAAAGGCAAAGCCCAGACUGGCUCCAGUACCCACCCAGCAAAUAGCCCACGACAGGGACUGCGGUCAUGAGCCGAUGAGAGCCAUCACUAAUUAAGCUAUGUUUUCACAGGCUGCCUCCGGCCAACACUGCUUACAGACUUAGAACCACUCAGUAGCCCCUUGGGAGGUUUAUAAGAGCCCUAAAGAUAGCAGCACAUAGGACCAGGCUGCCCACAGAAAUGCCUCCACACCAGCAGAGGUUUUUAAGCCUCCAAGUAGAGGCUGAGCACACAAGGAGCAGCAUCCCUAGCCAAGCCGAGUGAGCCCCGUGCCAAUCCUUUCUCCAGAGAGCAGGUGACCCACCCCAGCACAUCCAGCUGCU